AUGAUAUAAUAGAUUAAAUUUUACUAAGAAUUAGAAGAAUUUAAAAGCUCUUCACUUUUAUCUCAUUAGGUUCUCCAUAUUAAUAUGAGAUAAUAUUAAAUUGGUGAUGAAGGUGCAUCAGGCUUAGGUUCUGCUUUAGCAAAUUGCAUUAAUCUCUCAAAUUUGACACUUUAAUUUCCGUCUAAUUAAAUUGGUGCAAUUGGCGCAUCAGACUUAGGUUCUGGUUUAGCAAAUUGCAUUAAUCUCUCAAAUUUGACACUUAAACUUGGUUAAAAUUAAAUUGGUGAUGAAGGUGCAUCAGUCUUAGGUUCUGCUUUAGCAAAUUGCAUUAAUCUCUCAAAUUUGACACUUGAUCUUUGUGCAAAUUAAAUUGGUGAUGAAGGUGCAUCAGGCUUAUGUUCUGGUUUAGCAAAUUGCAUUAAUCUCUCAAAUUUGACACUUAACCUUGGUUCUAAUAAAAUUGGUGAUAAUAAUAAUAAUACACUCGCACAUAAAUACAUACUCAAAAAACUUCUUGGUGUUUUCAAAUAAAUUUGUGGUAAGAAAUAAAAAAAAAUUGGUGAUGAAGGAGCAUCAGGCUUAUAUUCUGGUUUAGCAAAAUGCAUUAAUCUCUCAAAUUUGACACUUAAUCUUAGGUUUAAUUAAAUUGGUGCAAUGGGUGCAUCUGGCUUAGGUUAAGCUUUAGCAAAAUGCAUUAAUCUCUCAAAUUUGACACUUAAACUUGGUUACAAUUAAAUUGGUGAUGCAGGUGCAUUAGGCUUAGGUUCUGGUUUAGCAAAUUGCAUUAAUCUCUCAAAUUUAACACUUGAUCUUUGGUUUAAUUAAAUUGGUGCAAUGGGUGCAUCUGGCUUAGGUUAAGCUUUAGCAAAAUGCAUUAAUCUCUCAAAUUUGACACUUAACCUUGGUGGAAAUUAAAUUGGUGCAUCAUCAGGCUUAAGUUCAGCUUUAGCAAAAUGCAUUAAUCUCUCAAAUUUGAAACUUUACAUUGAGUUUAAAUAACUUGGUGCAAUGGGUGCGUCAGGCUUAGGUUCUGCUUUAGCAAAUUGCAUUAAUCUCUCAAAUUUGACACUUUACCUUACUGCAAAUUUAAUUGGUGCCAUGGGUGCGUCAGGCUUAGGUUCUGCUUUAGCAAAUUGCAUUAAUCUCUCAAAUUUGACACUUGGCCUCUAUGGAAAUUAAAUUGGUGAUGAAGGUGCAUCAGGCUUAGGUUCUGCUUUAGCAAAUUGCAUUAAUCUCUCAAAUUUGACACUUGACCUUGAUUUCAAUAAAAUUGGUGAUGAAGGUGCAUCAGGCUUAGGUUCAGCUUUAGCAAAAUGCAUUAAUCUGUCAAAUUUGACACUUUACCUUAGGUAAAAACAGUUUAUUUGUUUUGGAUUGUGA